AUGGUAGACUGGUCGUCCGUGGCGCAAGCCAUUGCGAUCGUUUGCGCUGUAUGGAGCACCUUUGUCUAUGCUGUGCAGUCCAUUGGUAUCGUUAGAAUCUUCCUCUCGUACUCUUCUCGCCUACGACCUGCCGUCUCCCCAUCUCUCAAGAAAGAAGAUGUACCGCACAUCACAAUUAUCCGUCCUGUCAAGGGUCUUGAGCAUGGCCUCUACGAAUGCAUAGCGUCCUCGUUCCGACAAGACUAUCCGCGCGACAAACUGACGAUUUACCUCUGCGUCGCCGAGAAGAGCGACCCGGCAUACCCCGUCUUAGUGAAGCUUGUGCAGGACUUCCCUGGUUUCGAUGCUCGACUAUUGGUCGAGGAGGAAGAUCCGCUGCUGCAUGGCACUGAUGGCCACAUCGAUAACCUAGGCCCAAAUCCAAAGAUCAGGAAUAUCAGUCGCGCGUACCGAGAGGCCAAAGGAGACAUCAUCUGGGUUAUGGACUGCAACAUCUGGAUUGCCAAGGGCGUUGCUGGCCGUAUGGUUGACAAGCUGUUGGGAUACGGACCAGGUGGGAAACAAGUCAAGCCUUACAAGUUUGUCCACCUUCUGCCAAUCGUCGUCGAUACUGUGUCUCGAGGAGACAUCUCAGCAGAGAAGCAAACGCUCCUAUCUUCGACCUCCGAGCCCAGCUCCUCGCAACACACCUCCGGCAAAGGCCAAAGUGUUUCGUUCCUCGAUUAUGCGAAGAGUCAAGGUGGUGGCCGACUCGACGAGAUGUUCAUGGCCACAAGCCACGCCAAGUUUUACUGCGCAAUCAAUACCGUUGGCGUGGCUCCUUGCGCCGUCGGCAAGAGCAAUAUGUUCCGCAAGUCGCAUUUAGACACCGUCACGGACCCGGCCCAAAACCCGAUAUUACCCAACAAGAACCUACCCAAGGGUAUCAACUACUUCUCUGAGUACAUCUGUGAGGAUCAUCUUAUUGGCGAUCUGUUGUGGAAGUCCAGUCUGCCGGGCAUGAAGAACCACGGACUCGUCAUGGGCGACCUUGCCGUUCAGCCAAUGGCCGGCAUGUCUGUACACGCAUACUUUGCCCGUCGCGCUCGAUGGCUCCGUGCGCGAAAGUGGACGGUCCUUGCCGCCACCUUAGUCGAACCUGGUGUUGAGAGUCUUCCCUGCUGCGGCUACUUUGCUUUUGCCGUCACUACCCUUCCCUGGUUCCACAAAACCUUUGGCACGUCGCAGACUUGGGGCGCAUUUGGCCUCUACUGGGCGGCUUUUACAACUAUUUGGAUGACGUUUGACUGGUUCACAUACAACCGCCUUCAUGCUGGGUACACUGUUGAAGUGGACGGGAACACGCCCAAGUUUGCCAGAGGCACUGCGACACCUGGCGGAGCACCCCCGAGGUCCUUUUUGGAGUGGGUGCCCGCCUGGCUUGGGAGAGAAUUCCUAGCUCUCCCCAUUUGGACGUGGGCUGUUUUCUGUGGCUCGACGGUAAACUGGAGAGGGCGAACUUUCAACGUUCGGUCAGAUAUGAGCGUUGUCGAGAUUGGCUCCCAGUCUUCAGCCCCGUACCAGGAGGCUAGCCAGCGGUCGAGAAGCAAAGACCGUUUGGAUUGA